AUGGCGUUUUCUGCAUUCCAACUACGCUUUGUACAGCUCCUUCUGGUCGUGUUGGGGGUCGCCUUCAUCCUCUUCCAGCUACAACCAAGCACUCACAAGGAAACCGCCCCCACCCAGGCGGCCUGGAGCGGCCCUGAUUGGGAUAACUUUGAUGACAUCAGAAACGAGACUCUUGGGGUUCAAAAAGUAUUCGCCAUUAACCUUGCCAGCCGGCCUGACAAGCGGGACAAUAUUGUUCUGGGCUCAUCACUCAGUAAUUUCCACGUCGAAUGGAUAGACGGUGUGACUCCGGAUGAAAUAGAUAAUAAAUCCUAUCCAUAUAACUGGAAUCAUGACCAGAAACGAACCGAGUAUGCUGCCCGACGGGCGCAUGUCAACGGACUCCAGCAAAUGAUCCAGGGUGGAUUGACCAGUGCUAUUAUUAUGGAAGAUGAUGCCGACUGGGAUGUAUCACUCAAACUCCAGCUUCAGAGCUUCGCCCACGCAGUUCGAGCGCUCCAGCUCCAGGAUACCCAAAAGAUUCCAACCCAGUCACCAUACGGUGACAACUGGGACAUCCUAUGGUUAGGCCACUGUGGUGUAUCAUGUAAAACCGACCUGCCAUUUUAUCUCACGCCGAACGACCCUACUAUCCCAAUGCCCCGUCACUUUCGCCCGCUGUGGCGCGACUCUCCGAUGUUCGAGGGCCACGAGAGACCCGACCACAGUCGACUUGUGUGCACAGCAAGCGACGCAGUCUGCUCAAUGUUUUAUGCCGUGAGCUACCGUGGUGCGCAACGGAUCCUGACAGCCCUAUCGGUCAACCCCUCUGGUCUUGCAGAGGAGAUUAAUAUCGGUGCCCAGUUUGACAUCUCACUCGGACGCAUGUGCGGUAAUGGUUAUUUGCGGUGCUUUGCGCCUUACCCGUCGAUUACGGGUGGUUUCCGUCAGGCAGGACCAAAAGCAAAGUCUUCCGAUAUUCAUGAUAAGACUGGUGAGCAAGCAGGCUUCUCUAGCUCGGGGGUGAUGUAUAGCAUAAUGCUCAAUAUCAACCGUAUCCUAAAAGGGGAGCGGACUGUUCAUGCAACAUGGGACGAUGUGGAUGUGUUGGAUGUCGUUCCUGGGGAUAUCACAAUGGAACAGGGGGCUAUUUACGGUAUCUAA